AUGGCGGUCGCUACAAAGGAGAAGAAUGAUACGCAUAAGAUCGCGCUCAAAGGCUCUUCGAAGCUAGUUGCAGAGUUCUUCGAAUAUAGCAUCAACACGAUUCUCUUCCAACGUGGAGUCUAUCCAGCCGAGGACUUUACCCCCGUCAAGAAGUAUGGACUCAAUAUGCUGGUAUCUAGCGAUGACCAAGUCAAGAGCUACAUCAAGAGGAUCAUGAGUCAAUUGAACAAGUGGAUGCAAAAAAGCAAGAUUAGCAGGUUUGUGGUGGUGAUCACAAGUAAAGAGACUGGCGAGCACGUCGAGAGAUGGCAAUUCGAUGUGAACCUGUUAGGACGGAACAGCAAGAGUAAGACGAGAAGUGGAGGAGCGGAAAACGAGAACGCGGACUCAAAUACCCCUGCUGAAGCCGACUCUGAGAAGACAGAAAGUCAGAUUCAAGAAGAAAUACAGGCCAUAUUCCGACAAAUCACAGCUUCAGUCACCUUCCUACCUGUGCUUGAUGGCAAUUGCACUUUCAAUGUGCUUGUUUAUGCUGAUGCAGACUCUGAAGUUCCCUUGGAAUGGGGCGACAGUGACGCGAAAGAGAUCAAGAAUGGAGAAAAGGUCCAAUUAAGGAGCUUCAGUACUGCAAACCACAAGGUAGAUACGCUGGUAAGCUAUCGUCUGUUGGAUUGA